CCAGGAAAUCAGGAUCGUCUUCAUCUCUGCCCCACAAACAGACGACGCUAGCUGCCUACUUUGACAAGACUCGCCCCUCCAGUCGGUCUGGUCGUUCCUCCUCCUCUGUCUCAGAUCUCAGCGAGACCGGUGAGGAUGAGGAGCAGAACCUGUCAGUUACCGGUCUUGGACCGGAAGUGAGCAGUGAGGAUGACGGUUUCAGCCUCCUUUCGUGUACCGAAUCAUCUUCUUCUUGGGAUCCUUUCGGACUCUCGAGUUCACAGUCCAGCGAGACUGAAACGGGCAGCACGCCAGAACCCGAAAACGAAGGUGAUUCCCGAGGCGACCGUGAAUCCGCCCGCCUAAAGGCUGCGCCUUGCACAAAUCCCGUCGAUUCCGCCACAGAUUCCGUAAGUCGAUUCUCAUCACGCCGUUGCUUCAUUAAUGGCCUUUUUUUAUUAGACCCAAUUGUGCAAAACUUAGUGGCCUCUGUGGGAUUCGAACUCAUGGCAGCUGGGGGUAGGCUUUUGUACAGUCAACACUCUAGCCACCUGGUCUGCAAGGCCCCACUAGAACCCGUGAGUUUAUUAACACUUGGGUAA